GGAUUCGUCUCUACUCUCCUCUCUUCUGCCAAAUGCCAAUCUUCUGUGAUUAAGUGUCAACUUGCAAAGAAACAUGCAGAGAAUUAUUUCACUAGCUAAAACGGUAAUAACUACUCAUAUUCCAAGAAGUUUUAAUACAUUGACUACUAAUUCAAGCAUAUUACAAAAUGUAACAAAAGAAAAACUACUACAAACAAAUCUGCCACUAAUAAAUCAAGUUUGCGGUUUUAAAGUAAAAGGACUUGUAAGACGUCGUUGUAAAUCCUGCUACUUUGUAUCUAGACAAGAGAGACUUUAUAUUAUUUGUCCAGCGCAUCCCAGGCAUAAACAGAUGGCAAGGAAACCAAAACCUCUAAAUACUUAUAUAUUAACUCAUGCUAGCCAAAGUAAAGUAAGGCCAUGGUAAUAAAGUAAAAUAUACAAUAUAAUAUAGAUUAAAAUAGGUUCUAAACAUAUAUAUGGAGAAGUGCUUAAGAAAUAAAUAAUUAUAAAAAUGUA